AUGUCUCGUGUUUCUGAUCUCGAGGGCGAUGUCAAGUCGGGGCUCGAGGCGACUCAUGUUGAACACACAGAGCAAGACUACACCCGCAACGUCAAUGCUAGAAUUCGCAACCCUCUCAUUGGCAUUUCGAAGCAAGACCUCAGACUCCAAACCGACGCUUUCUGCCAUGACAAUGGCUUCCAGGGAAAGGAAGACGUCUUCUAUCGCGGCGCGUUGGCAGCUCAGAACCCCCAGACCUACGAGGCGCUCGAGGACUUGACCGAGGAAGACAAGCACUUCCUUCAGCGCGAGGUCACUCACAAGUGGCACUUACCGCGCCAAAUGUACUUUGCCAUUGCCCUCUGUUCCCUCGGGUCUGCGAUCCAGGGUUGGGACAACACCGGUGCCAAUGGCGCAAACCUCUCUUUUCCCGUCGAGUUCGGCAUCCAGGACAAUCAUAUGCUCGUUGGUGCCAUCAAUGCCGCUCCAACUCUCUUCGGUCUUCUUUCCGCCUGGGCAGCCGACCCCAUCAACAACUUGCUGGGUCGUCGCGGGACCAUCUUCGUGACUGGCCUCUUCGCAAUCUUUCCAGUGCUUGCCCAAGGGUUUACACAGAACUGGUGGGGCCUGAUGCUCUGCAGGUUGUUCAUGGGCAUCGGCAUGGGCAUCAAGAUCUCGACUAUUCCCAUCUACUCGGCUGAGGUUGCGCCUGCUGUUAUUCGCGGCGGAGUCGUGACCAGCUUCCAGCUUUGGGUUGCGUUUGGCAUCUUCAUUGGCUUCUGCUCCAACUUGAUCUGGUAUCGCAUUGGCGCACUGGCGUGGAGAUUCCAACUGUCCGCGGCCUUUGCGCCUGCUAUCCCUGUCGUCAUCUUUGUCUGGUGGUGUCCUGAGUCCCCUAGAUGGCUGAUGAAAAAGGGUCGAUUCCAGGAAGCCUUCGGGUCCUUUUGCCGUAUCCGAAAUAGCGAGAUGAUUGCAGCCCGCGACCUGUACUACGCACACCGACAGGUUCUGGAAGAAAAGAAUGCCUUUGGUGGUCAGACUUUGGGCAGAAGAAUGUUGGAUUUGGUUCUCGUCCCGCGUCUGCGUCGUGCCACAGUAGCGAGUGCUUGGAUUGUCAUCAGCCAACAGUUCUCCGGCAUCAACAUCAUGGCCUUUUACUCGUCAACAAUUUUUGAACAGGCCGGAUACACCCCAAAACAGUGCCUAUUGGCGUCAAUGGGUUUCGGCCUUGUGACGUUCAUCUUCGCAAUCCCAGCUGUUUACAUGAUGGACACGUUCGGCCGCCGAAACUUGCUCUUGAUCACGUUUCCGAACAUGGCUUGGUGCCUUUUGGCUGCUGGCUUGUGUUUCUUGAUUGACGACAGCGUGGGAGCGAGAGUACCGUUGAUUGCCUUUUUCGUUUAUCUCUUCGCAGCCAUGUACGGCCCUGGUAUCGGUCCCUUGCCCUCCAUCUACUUCUCCGAGUCUUUCCCUCUAUCGCAUCGAGAAAUCGGGGGUGCUUUCACAAUUUGUGUGAACAACACCAUUGGUAGCGCGCUGACCCUAAGCUUUCCUUCGCUGUUGGCCGCUAUCGGACCUACUGGAGCGUUUGGCUUCUAUGCUGGCCUCAACUUGCUUGCUUUCUUGGUCAUCUUCUUUAUUAUUCCUGAGACGAAGCAGCGAACCCUUGAAGAACUCGACUAUAUAUUCGGCGUCCCGACCCGAAGGCAUGCUGCUUACCAACUACGCACUUGGCUUCCUUGGUGGAUCCAGCAUUACGUAUUUUUCCAAAAGGACGCGAAGCUAGAGUCUCUUUAUCAGCUUGACUUACAGUGA